UGUUGGACCUGCAGGUCUGUAGAAACGUGGGAGCAGCAGCAGAAGAACCCUAAAGACACAUAGAAAUAUCACUCUGUCCCACAGCUAAACUCUUAAAGACAGAGACGCAGGGAAAGCACUUGUUCACAUCUUCUACACUCUCUCAGACGGCAGCAGCAUGUUUUGGUGGGGAAUCCCUGAGGCAGCAUUUCUGCUGUGUCUGUGUGCGAGUGUCACGUUCGCCUACGAGGAUGACAUCCAGAUCAACUACGCUGACUACUAUAACGAAAUCCCAGAUGGAGAACCGGCAGCACCCACACCGAGUUCCCCCCCCUGCAACUCCCCGGACCUGACAAAAUGGGACAAAAUCUUCUCCAUGUUGGAGAACAGCCAAAUGAGAGAGAACAUGCUGCUCCAGCAUGCUGAUGAAAUCAUCAAGGUUGAGCUGGGGUUACUGCGUGACGAAUUGCAUAGGUUUAUAGCUGAGUAUCGAGGGUCUUGUGGCGCUGCAGUGGAGACAGCAGGAAGACGGAUAGUCUUACAAAUGGAGGAUCGUGUACAAGAGACUCUGGAGCGCUUCAAGCUCAGCGAUCUGGAGGCCCAGAUACAGCAACUUCUCUCUGCGGCGCAUAAGCAAACAUCCAGACUAACCAAGCUGGAGAGCAGCUGCCUCAGCAGUGGUGUGGGAGCUGGCUUUGGGUUGAAUGGCAAAAAUGGAUUCCAGCUCCAGGAUGUGACGUCACGAGAGGCCGCUUUGGACGGGGUGCUAGCUACGCUGCAAGCAAUGAAGGCUGAGCUGGACGAAGACCUGAAGGUAUCAAGGCAAAGACAUUUACCUGCAGGAUGUGAGAUGGCCCUCCUGUUCCCUAUGCGUUCCCGUCGGAUUUACACUGCAGUGAUUCCUGAUGUCCCUCUGUCUCCGUCCGCCUUUACUAUCUGCAUGUGGGUAAAGCCGACUUCAGUAUUUAACAAAACUGUGCUGUUCUCCUACGGACGCCACCGAAACCCCUUUGAGAUCCAGCUCCUGCUGGCUCAGACCUCUGCACUGUUCAUCAUUGGAGAGGAAGCUGAUCAGGUGGAGGCGAGGAAUGUGUUUAGCCAGGGACAGUGGAUCCACUUGUGUGGAGCCUGGUCCUCCGCAGAAGGCCUGGCGACCCUGUGGGUGGAUGGCAAGAAAGCUGCAUCCAGCCUUGGGAUGUCCAAGGGACACAUUUUACCAGAGGGAGGCUCACUCAGACUGGGACAAGAAAGAAACGGCUGCUGCCCUCAGUCUCCAAUCGGCAGGAGUGGUGUGGUCGGGUUUGAGGACGGUUUCGAUCCAAAGCUGGCAUUUGCUGGGAAGAUGACAGGGGUGAAUAUGUGGGACAAAGUGCUGUCAGAGGAGGAAAUAUCCCAGCUGGCUGUUCAACGAGGCCAGGGCUGCCAACACACGGGGAACACAGUGGCUUGGGGGGUAACAGAGAUGGUUCCACAUGGAGGAGCUAAAUUUAUCUACUGAUCUCUCAUUUAAAAAAUCCUAAUCAUUGCUAGUAUAAUUAUCCUUUAAGAAAGGACAAGCCGAAGCUGAGGACACCUAAACAUAUUUCCUUACCUUCACUUCAAUAUGUCCUUAUAGCAAAGACUGGCUUUGUUUGUACAAUCUUUACAGCCAUCAUCAUAAAAGAAAAGAAAAGAACCCGAAUGCUGUGAGAAACUGUACUUCCUGUUAUAACAUAUUAUUUAAACUGAUUCUGUUCAUUCGCCUCAGAAAACCUGACAUGUAACGUAAGCUUGCUGCGAGAACCUUUUGCCAAACACCCAAUUAGACACCUAAAAAAACAAAGAGCUGCUGACUCAGUUUGCUGACUCAGCAAACUGAAUAAAGGCCAGACAGCCAAGCAGAAACAAGAGGUUAAACACAACGACAACAGAUUACGCUGUAAUUGCAGGCUAAUGACAUUUUUCCUUUUAGACUUGUGAGGAUUUUACAACAGCAAGGGCAGUUAACCAGCCAAACAAUACAAAACAUGCUUCCUUGUGUAUUUUAACAGGAACCACAAACGUAGGGGAAAACAUGGCUAGGUUAGUUAAGACUGUGGAAACUUUAGAUUUAUAAAUUAAACUCACUUUUGGAUAAACAAAUAUCUGCAAAACUUUAGAAACUGCUGUACUUGCCUUCUUGCCUUUUAGAUACGAACAACUAGAAUGUAGAGUUUAUUUUCUUAUUUUGUUAUAACGUUUUGAACCUGUGAAAAAAUAAACAAAAUAUUUUUUUUUUUAUAUAAAAACACUAUAUACUUUAAAGUAUUUACAUUGAUGUGAUAUGAAUAACUUUUUGUGGUGUUUUUUUUUUCUUGUUUUUUCUUAAUGAUUAGAGGUUUAUUUAUCAUUUUGGUAUGAAGAGAGUAAAACUAUUAUUUUCAAUAUUUUUGUUGACAGUGGGGAUAAUGUUUACGCAGUCUAAUCUUGCAUGUUUGAACUUGCCUAAAUGUGUUUCUUGUAUUAUACUGUAAAUUGUUUUGGUCAUGUGAAAAGAUAAAGGCAGAAUGUAUUUUGUAAAUAAAUAUUUUUGUAUGACACGAUUAAUAAAUGGGCCGUAAGGUAUUGAUAAACAGU